UCGUGUCACGUGAGGAUCAUUGUCGGGGCAUCGAUCAGGAAGUGUGACGCUAUCUACCCCGGGUGCUCGUCCAUGUUGCGGUAUCUGUAAAGAAAUGGCCACCGCAAAGAAGCUGACAGACAACCACCUGACCUGUGUCAUCUGUACAGAGGUGUUCACAGACCCUGCCACACUUCAGUGUAAUCACACAUUCUGUAAGUCCUGUCUGUUGAAAUACACCAAAACACAGUCUGAAGCAAUACAAGCCAAGUCCAUCCUAUGUCCCUCUUGUAGACAACAGACAAAGGUGACCAACCCUGACAGUCCAGUGGAGGAGCGGGUCAGUCAGCUGAAACCAAGCCACGUCAUACAGAGUCUGAUGGACGAUUUCGGGGGAUCGCAAGAUGUUGAUGCCUGUAGCGUAUGCAAAGAAGAUGGUCAAAGAACUCCAGGCACAACCUGGUGCACCACAUGUGACGAUUUCUUCUGUGAUGGGUGUCUCAAAUUACACAAGAAGAUGCCUCUGUCACGUGAUCAUGAAGUGCUUGAUGUACACAUCCACAUCAACAGAAAACCGAAAGUACGCAGCUUUAUGUGCAGAAUUCACAAGGACGAGAAGAUAAAACUGUUCUGUAAAGACUGCAGGGUGUCAAUGUGUUAUGUAUGCUGCAGCAUCAAACACCGGAAGUGUGAUGAUGUUGAAACCAUAGAUGCCAUGAUGCCUCUUGUUAAAGAAACUCUGGUCAAUGAAACAAGGAACCAAGAGAAGAAGAUACAAACUUACACCGACAAUAUUUCAUCAACAAACUCGAAAAUUGAAGAACUAACGACUAGUGCACAAGAAAUGAAAGAUGAAGUUAGGAAAGUACGCAUGGUGGCUACAGACGUUCUUGUGAGAAAGGAAAAAGAACUGCUGGUUCGCAUUGACAAACUCACUGAGUCCCGUGUACAAGAACUGACAGCCUACAGAAAGAGCCAGGAUAUUGACCUCCAGAUGGAACAGCAGCGGUUUGAGUUCACAGACAAAGCUGUGACGUCAAACCGUGUAGCAGAUAUGUUUGAUAUGUAUGAGUCUGUGGAUGGAGCUUCUAGAGAUGAAGAUGCAAGCGAGGACAGGAGACCACAGACAUCCAGCAUCAUCUUCGUACAGGACACAGAGAAGUUGAUGAGAUCUGUGGAUGAUGUGAUGCUGGGGGAGAUCAAAGUUGUUGGCGGUCUCAGUGACCGGACGUCAUCUCCUGUUCUCAUGGAAACAAUUGAUUUUAGUGGAGUGGUGCCUAACGGUUUACGUGACUUCGUAGUAUUUGCUGUUAAUGGUGUCAGGAUAAUUAUUGUGUUAGAUUUUUGUGGUGGUCGACUCUGCAUGUACUAUGUUCCAAACAAAACAUCCUUGAAAAAACAUCUCCAACUACCUUGUGGGCCAGCGGGAAAAGUUAAGGUGAGUGGAACUAAGGCAGCUGUUACUGUGCCAUUUGCACAAGAAAUAGCGUUCAUCAAGUUUGACCCUGAACCUAUAUUGCAGUCAAAUGUGAAAACAAAGAGGAAUGACGGACAAGCUGUUUUCACCUUCACACCUGGAGGAGACAGGGCUCUGGAAAGUCCUGGAGGUAUCACAUCAACCAGCACAGGAGACAUCCUGCUUGUAGACUCAGGCUCCAUGUUUGCGUACUCAGGCUCCAAGGUGAUUCAGCUGACAGAGUCGGGGCAGUUUGUCAGAGACGUUCUCACAGCACAGGAUGACCAGUGGAGUCCCAUAGGUAUCCGUCUGGAUGAUGACGGCCUGUUGUAUGUCGCUUCAGGCCUAUGUAUGGAAAUAUUCGGCUUUAUAUAG